AUGGAUCCGCAGAGGCAUACUUGGCGAAUACAGGGCAUUCCCUUGGAUUUCAGCAGGGAGCACCUAACCGACAUUCUGCAAGACCAUCCUGAUCUACAACUAGGCAAUACGACGGAUGGUGAUAAUGUCGCGAACAGCGCAGAGAUUCUUACUGUGUCGCGAGAUCACGGAGGACGUCACCAGGUCGCCACCGUCCGGUUCUGCCAUCACCCAAAGAAGCUUACCGUAGGAAACGGCAAGCGGUUGAGACUUACCACGAGCGACUUCCGCGCUGGCCGGGCUAGGCCGUCGCUUCCCGCGGGAAUCACCAUUGAUGACCAUUUCCACGGCAUCACAGUAUUGUUCUCGCCCGUUUCCGAGAAGCACCGUGCUGAUAUCCUCGUCGUUCCUGGGCUCGGAAGUCACCCCUUUGGCUCAUUCGUGAGUAAGGAAGACGGACAUAUGUGGCUAUGCAGCGAGCUUGUCAGAGACGCACCGGGAGCCAGGAUCAUGACCUAUGGCUACGGCAGCGCUUUACAAGCUAGUCAGAGCGUUGCGCGGCUUGGAGACCUGGCGCGGUCUCUGCAGAUCCCCAUGUGCGACCUGCUGCGGUCUGAACCAAGGAAGCCGCUCAUCCUGAUUGCACACAGCCUUGGCGGAUUGCUAGUCAAAGAAGCGCUGAUCCAGACAUUGGAGUCACAGUCAGACUCGGACUUGCUUGAGCGUGUGAAAGGGUGUAUUUUCUUUGGUGUUCCGAACGACGGAAUGGAUAUCACGUCGCUCGUUCCCAUGGUCAAGGACGGGCCGAAUCGCCUCCUUUUGCAAUCGCUCGAGAAUAUGAACCCAGAGAUUCUGAGGAUACAGAAAAAGAGAUUUUCAAAGGUCUUGGAUUAUGCAAAUUUGGACCUGUUUUGUUUCUUUGAGACAGAACUUUCGCCAACUGCAGCCAAGGACCCAGGUACCGGACGAUACAAAAUGAACGGCACCCGACGGCUUCUGCUGACUCAGGCUUCAGCAACCAGCUGCCUACCGGCAGAGAUGUCUAUGGAACUCUCGGCUCCCUUGGCCAGGACUCACUCGGAUCUCGUCAAAUUUGCGCUUUACGAUGAUGAAUACGACAAAGUCUCUUCACACAUCAAACGGAUUUAUACAUCUUCGGCCAAAGAAAACCAUACGAACCGGGAAAAAAUCAUGGACUCGCUGUAUUUCCAGGAAAUGAGUUACCGUAAGAGGCAGAUCUAUCAAGACGACUCGGGUUCUCUGGAGUGGAUCUGGAAAGAGGGUAGCUUUCUAUCAUGGCUCAAAUCACUGCAGUGUCUCUUCUGGAUCAGUGGGAAGCCUGGCAGUGGCAAGUCGACGUUGAUGAAAUACAUCCGAAAUUCCUCAAAGCUCAAGUCAUAUCUCGAUACAAAUCAUAGCACCCUGGCCUGGGUAGUGAUUGAUUUCUUCUUUGACUUUCGAUCCGAGGACCGGAUUGCAAAUAGCUUCGAGGGACUGCUCCGAUCACUUUUGCUGCAGCUGAUACAUGAGAUGCCUGAGAAAUCAGAUGCUGUUCUGGGUAUUGCUUUGGAUGGGUUCGACCCAAAGCAAGAGGUAGAGUGGACCAGACCAGCACUACUUCAAGCAGUGAAGGCUGUCAUACUCACAGCCGAUACCAACAUGUGCAUCUUUGUGGACGGUCUCGACGAGUAUGGAGGCAGUUACUUAGAGCUGAUCGAAUUUUUCCGGGGCAUUGAGUCAGGCACUGGCAAAGCGAGAGCCAUCGUCAAGAUCUGUCUCGCCAGUCGACCAGAGGCACUCUUCAUCGAAAGCUUCAAGGAAAUUGGCAGCAUUUGCGUGCAACGCUACAACGUGUCAAGCAUCCGCCAAUAUGUGGCGGAAAAAUUUCGGGUCGUACUUCAAUAUCACUCCGAGGCUGAAGAUGUCUGGAGGCUGAUCAACCACAUCGUCGAAAACGCGGAGGGAGUUUUUCUCUGGGCUCAGUUUGCCACUCAGAUCACCAUUGAAGGCAUCGCGGAUGGAGAGAACUUCUCGAACUUGCAGAAAUUUCUUCUAGAUCUUCCGUCGGAUCUGGAAGCCGUAUACGACAGGAUGCUUCAUCGUUUGAAGCCCAGGCAGUUCCAGGAAGCAUACGUGAUCCUCAGUCUCGUGUCCCAUGCACCCUUUUGGUUGACUCUGGAGGCGCUUCACGCGGCUGUGUGCCUUGCAACUGGCCGUCAAGUCUCAACGGGAAUGCUUUCAGCGAACCCCGAAAUACACGAUCUGACAUCAACCAAGUCUCUCUCCGAUUUUGGAAAAAGGACCAGAUCCUACACGUGCGGUCCAAUGUUUAAGCAAGUUCGCCUGAUACAUCGAACGGUGAAGGCUUUCUUGGAUCGCCCUCAGGCACUCGCGUUUCUCACAGUCCGAAAAGAGGAGGCUUUGAUCGACCCCGAGUGGCUCUGGCUAGAGAUCUGCGCCGCAGAAAUCAGGCAACACCCCUCUGAUUUCGCGCAUGCGGAUUCUCGGCAGCUUGGGAGCUAUGUUCGACAAGCCUUAUUCCAUCACGCUCGGAAAGCAGAGGAAACGACGCCAGAGUCAUCUUUUACAAUCCUGGAUCCCCUACUGACACCAGAGGUGCUGCAGCUUUUCCGUCCCAAGGUGGAAGGAAAAGUGGUCACGGCCAGGAACGAUAUCGCUUCCAAGAGAGGUAGCGACACAUCCCUCAGUGUCGCGGCGAAAGCGGGCUUGGUAAAAUUCUGCAGAGACAAGAUCAAGGCUGGUGUUGAUCCAAACGAAAACGGUGGCCGUGUUCUGGAGGCAGCAAUAGGAGGUCUCCGCGAAGACGUGGUGAAUAUGCUUCUUGAGCACGACCUGGUGAUCGAUGAUUGGCACAUCAUUGACGCCCUUGAGCGUAUGAGCCUCUCAACUGUACAGGCCAUGUUGAAACGGGUAACCAAGGGACCCAUCAAACUCACCAAUCAUGUUGGACAAAGCAUCAAGCCGCUCUACGCGGUAGCAAGCACACCACUGCCUUGGGACGGGCGCGCCGAGCAUUUAUUUCGAUAUUUUUUACGCCUUGGAGAAGAUAUCAACGAUCUCUCUGGCCCAGAGGGUACCGCAUUGCAUGGAGCAAUCUUAUCGGGCUUCGCUGGGUAUGGGGAUGCGGAAACCCUGAUUCGCCGACUAGAUUUUAUGCUUCGCCACGGAGCAGAUAUCAAUGCUCAAAAGCCGGGAAUGUGUCAUGGUCUUAUUCGCCCUCUCGACCUGGCCGUCCGAACAAGCCUAGAGCAUAUCGGAUACUGGCGUGCAUGCUACGUGAGGAAGGGACUGGAACUUCUGAUCGCAAGGGGGGCAGAAUCUAUCAAUAUGGACAAUGUCAAGGAGACAAUUGAGGCUCUGGAAAGAUAA